AUGUUGAAAGUAUAUAAUUUAACCAUUAAAUUAAAUAAAAAAUGUGAGUUUUAUUUUAAGAAAAAUUUUUCAAUAAAAAAAGAAGAUACAUUAAAGGCUAUCAAAAUAAAUAAGGAAAUUAUAAAAAGUAGUAAUGUUCUUGAAAUAAUAAAAAUAAUAAAGGUAAAUGGAAAAAAUGCUAAUAUAAUUAAUUAUGUAACAUUUUUUCAUAGAUUAAUGCAAAUAAUAAAUAAAAACAAUAUAAUAUACCUAAAAAAUAAAAAAUACAUUGAUGCAGAAAUAGAAGAAAAAAUUAAAGUUUUUUUUAAAUAUUUAAAUGAUAAUAAAAAUAUAAAGAAAAUAAAUAACUAUAACAAACGUUUGUUUUCUUCUUUUUUAUGGUCUUUUAGUAAAUAUUUAUGCCUUUUAAAUGAAAAUAAGAAGAAUCUAGAUAUACUUAACAACUUAAAAAACUGCAAUAAUAAAAAUGAAAAUACAAAAUUUUUCCAAAAUAAUGAAGAAAAUGAAAAUACAUUCAAAGACAAUGAUAAUAGAAGUUAUAAAAAUAUAUAUGAAAAUAAUUUGUUUUUGAGAGAUUAUGAUAAAUGCAACAAAAGGAAACACACUUUGUGCAAAGAUUUGAAUUACAAAAAUUACAUAAAAACAAAUGAAGAAAAGGAAAAUUCAUUAUUUAUAAGGAAAUAUAAUGAAUUCAACUUAAAUAAACAUUAUUUAUUUAAUAUUUAUGAUAUUAAUUUAUUGUACCGCUAUGCGAACGUAUAUUUAUCAUCUUUAAAUCCAUCUCGUUAUGUUAUAGUUAUUUGGUCAUUAAGUAAACUAAAUAAAGAUAAUAAAGAAAUACAUGAAAAAUACUGGAAAAGAAGCUUAAGUCUUAUUCCUUCAUUAAAAAAAAAAGAAAUUAUAAUUUUAUUAUAUUCCUAUUCUUAUGUGAACUUCUCAAAUUUCUAUUUUUACAUGAAAAUUAAAAAUUUUAUUAUAGAAAAAAAAAUAUAUAAAAAAAUUAUUAAUGAAAAAAAUUAUGAAUCUAUAAUUAAUAUGUUAUUAGCGUAUUCUAAUCAAAAUAUAUUUUUUGCUGAUUUAUUUGAAAGAACAAUAAAUUAUAUGUUAAAAACAAAACUUUUUUUUAAUUCAUUAAAAAAUAAAGAACUCAUAACACUUUUAUUUUGUAUAUGCAAGUGCCCAUUUUUAUAUAUGAAUGAUGAAAACAAGUAUAAUAUAUUAAAAAAAAAUUUAUUAAAAAAAAAUAUCCUUUUAUAUGAAUUAUUAAAAAAAAAAAUUAUGAAAAGGUGUAAUUUAAAAAAUUUAGAGGAAAAUGUCCAAAUUUAUAAAAGUAUUGAUUCUAUUAAUAAAAAAACAACGGAAACAAAAACUGUUAACAUUUUUACUUUAGAAAACAUUAUUAUAAUUAUUUGGUCAUUGAGUCUUAAGUAUAUUUAUUCAGCAAAAUUGUUUUUAUAUAGUUUCAUUAAGAUAAACAAUUUAAUAAAAAAUGAGAAUGGAAUUUAUAAUAAUUAUCAUAUAUUAACCAAUUUUUAUUUGUCUUUUUUGUCGUUUAUACUGGAUGACGAAACUUAUAUUAAUUUGUAUUUUAAUAAAGAAGAAAAAAAUUCAUUGAGUAUCUUAAAUGACAAUAUCAACAUUUUUAUGAAUAAUUUUGAUAUACUAAAAAAAUCAAUAAACAUGAACCAACGAAAAAAUAAUGUUGAAAUAUCUAAUAUGCAAAAAAGCAUUUUUUUUCUAGUAAAAAAUUUUGAAUGGUCUAAAAAUGUAAAUACAAUACUUGAAUAUAAAAAUCCGUUGAAUAUAUCUAUUGAUAUUCUGUUGUAUAAAAAAAUAUAUUCCUCAAAUGAUUUAAAUGGAAUUAAAAAACUAAAGGAACAAAAAAUUAUAAAUGAGAGAAAUGAAAAAUGUAAACACAUGAAUAAUACUGAUAAUAUUAAUAGGAAUAUAAGUAAUAGCAGUAUUAUUUAUAAUAAUAAUAGAUUCAAUAUUUUCUCUAUUAAAAAUAAAAAUUUAAAUAGAAUACCUUUUUAUUUUUUUUUAAAUACUAAGGGAUAUUUCUCAACAAAUUUCCAUAAUAAAAGUGAUAAGAUUAGAGAAACAUCUGAAACCUUGCAUAAACAAGGUCUUAUUGUAUAUUCAAAAAAAAAAACUUAUUCAUGUAUAGAUAAUAAUAAUAAUGAUAAUAAUAGUAAUGAUAUAGUAAUUAAUCUAUAUCAGUAUAUAGAAAGAAUGAAAAAUUUAAAUUUGAAAUAUACUCCCAAUGAAUUACAAGAAAUAUAUAAAGAUUUGCUCUCUUUUUUUAAUACUCAUUUUAAAUAUAUUAGAAAAUGUGAUGUAAUAAGUUUUUUUUAUAAAUUUUCUUCUUUUUUUGUUAUAUUUUAUGAUAUAAAAUGUGAUAUGAGUUUGAUCCAAUUAUUUAAAAUUUUUGCUUUUUAUCAUAAUUUUACUUUUUCCGUUUUUAAAAAAAAGGAGAAAAUUGUAAAUUUAUUUAUUGAUACAUCAUGGACAUAUUUCAGAUACAUUAAAUAUUUAAAAUUUUUAUCAGAAAAAACAAAUACUAAUAAAAUAUUAUUGAAAGAAUUAGGAGAGAUUAAAUUACUUUUAUCCGAAGAAAUAAACAUAGUAAUGAAAAUAUUUAACAUAAUAAAAAAAAAAAUAAUUGAAGAAAAUAUAUUAAAUGAUAUAUCUUCAAAAAAUAUGACUUUGUUAAUUUCUAUUUUUUUGUACGUUAAAGACUCUGAAGAUAUAAUAAGCUAUUUGAAAAGAAACAAUUUUAAUAAUGUUACUUUUUCUAUAAAAGAUAUUACUUUUAUAUUAAGAGCUUUAUCUAAGUGCGAAAUAGCAUGCGGUAUUGAAAAUUUUUUUUGUAAAAAAUUUGUUGAAAAUAUGGAAAAUUGCAAGGUAAAAGAUCUUGUUGAAUUUACGUACUUAUGUGCAGAACUAAAAAUUAAUAAUGAUUUUAUAAGAGAUGGAAUAACUAGGAAAAUUAUUUCUGAUGUUUACCUUAGAACACAUAUAGAAGAAAAGGAAUCUAAACUAAAUAAGAGAAGUAACGAUUCAGAUGAAACAUUCGAUAAAUCCUCCAAUUUUUGUAAGCUUAAAUUUAUUGAAAUUUUUCAGCAUGAUCAGUUAGCCUUUUUUAUUAGAAAUUGUUAUAGAAUGCACUGCUUUGAUAAGAAAUUUUUUGAUUUAUUAUGCGAUACAACAUUAAAAAAAUAUAGUGACUUAGAUAUAAAAAGCUUAUGCAUUAUUUUGCCAUGCUUUGCUCGUAUAUAUUGCCUUCAUAAAUAUGAGGAUAGUUAUCCAGAAAAAGAAAUUGAAAAAAAAAAAAAUAAAAUGAAAAUUAAAAAAGAAUAUGAUAAUUAUUUAGAAAAAAGAAUAAACAAUUGCAAGUAUAACAUACCACUAUCACUAAAAAAAUUAAUAAAAUAUUCAGAAAAAAAAGUUAUAAAUAAUAAAAAUAUAAGCUUUUAUAAUUUAUGUUAUUACAUGGAAGCUAUUACAUUACUGAAAAUUGAAAAUAAAAAUUUGUAUAAUUUGUCUAUAAGAGAAACAUUAAAAAAAAUUCAAAAUUUUUCAUAUAAUGAAAAAGAAGUAAAGUUACUAGGAAAAAUUUUAUGGUGUUUAUCUUAUUAUCAUAAAACAGAAUUUUUAUUUUCAAUUAAAAUAACUAAUUUUAUUUUAGAUUAUAAAAUAUAUGAAAAUGUAAUACCUGAAAAUUUUAUAUCUAUUUUCUCAUAUUAUAUAAAAUCAAAGGUAUAUAAUAAAAAAUUAUUUAAAAGUAUGGGUGAAAUUAUUUUAUUAAACAUUUCUUUAAAUGAUUAUUUUUCAAAGAAAGAAAAAAAAAAGAAAUUUUUUAAGUUAAACGUGGUUACAGAAUUAUAUGCUACAAUGUCUUGGGCAUAUGCUUUUACUUUUUGCAACAUGAACAUUAUAAAAAAUGAAAAAGAAGAAAAAAAAAAAAGUAUCAGUAAUAAUCUCAGUGAAAAUGAUUCAAUAUUUAUUGAAAAAAUUUACAAUUAUAUUUUUAAUGAAAUAAAAAUUUUACAAAAUUAUGAAAAUGUAUCAUUUUUAUUAUUAGCUAGAUUUUUCUGGGGUAUUUCUGUUGCGAAUUUAAUAAAUCAAAAUUUUUUAAAUUUUUUAAAUAUAUAUAAAUGGAAUGAUAUAAAAAUUGAUGAGCAAAAUGCUAUGCACCUGCAUAUGAUAUAUAUUUUAUGGUUAAGAAUAAAAUAUUGUGAUUCAAAUUUUGAGAUUUCCAAUAAUUUUCUUCAAUUCAAAGAUAAAAUUAUUCUUCUCUUUAAAAAAAAAAAUAUAUCAAAAAGAAAUAUCAUUAAAAAUAAUAUAUCUAAUUUUCAUCGACAAAUAUCCCAUAUCCUAGAUAAAUUCAAUGUAAAAUAUGAAAAUGAACACAUAACAGAAGAUUUUUUAUCUAUUGACAUAAUAAUAAAAAAUGAAAAUUUUCCAGAUAAAAUAGCAAUUGAAGUAGAUGGACCAUCUCACCAUUUAUUACUUUUGGAUGACAUAAAUAAUACCAACUCACAAAAUAUAAAAAAGCAGUAUAUUAAGUGUGGAACAACAUAUUUUAAAACCUGGUUACUAGAGAAAAGUGGGUGGGUUGUAAUUAAUAUUCCUUCAUACAAAUGGAAUAAAUUAAGUAACAAAGAUAAAAAUAAUUAUUUAAUUCAAAAAUUAUCAAGUUCUAGUAAAUAUUUAAAGAAUUUUUUUGAAAAAUAUAAAGAGAUUUAA